UCUCUUCCUUUCCAACCCUGCCCCCUCCACGAUUCUCCGUCAUCCCUGCCGCGACGACACCAGAGCACGAUCAUUGGUUCACCGGUUUCACGCAGACACGAGGAGGCACACGCAGCUGCCACUGGCUGUCUCUUGUUCCACGGCCGGACCCGAUCGUCCAGUCCGGAGGAGAAGCAGCGCGCGUGCAGUAGUUAGCACGCUGUCUAGCACGCGCGGUAUACACAUAUAAACGGUUCCCUUUGUAACGAUACAUCGCGUACACGGUGGUUACCAUUUCUAUUUAACCGUUGGAACUGUUCCCGGGGCGAUAUAACGACGCGUUUCCGUGUUUUCGUGGGUCGCGAGAAACGCUGCCCCUUUGGUGAGACUCUCUCGUGACUACCACGAGUCGUGCGUCCGUCGUUCGGCGAUUUUCGUGUACGUUCGUCGACGAUCGUCACCACGGCCACCGUCAUCCGUCGCCAUCUUGACGGUCCGCCUACCAAUCAACGUCAACGAUCGCGCACAGAGCGGCUGAUCGUCGCGAACGGAGAAAAGUACACGGGGCGACACCUUUCGCCGACACCGCGGAACCCCGUCUUUCGCACGUGUUUGCAGAAAAAGACGCGUGCGACACGGCGUUUCCGACCCGUCCCGCUGUUGCUCUCUAAUUUACAACCCCCCACCUUCCCUGUCACGGGUGUGCGCGACGGACGGUCGAUUUAUACGAGGCGCGUGUGUACGUGUGACGUUUUGAAUUUGAGUCGCGAGAAAGUGGUGGCGUCUGCCGGGAGGCCCACGCACACAUCGUUUUUCCAGACUUCGUCGCUGUGCUUCCCUCCCACCUCCAGACUGUUACGGCGUCUCUUUCGCUCUUUGGUGUGCCUGCCGGUCCCCUUCUACAUCGCUAGCCCACAGUUCGCAGGGCGUCGCACGCAGGGCGGUACCGAUGCCCUUUCGACCUCCCGCGGUCAUCGAGAGUACGCAAGAGUGCUUCCGUCGCGCGACUCGUCUCGUAGAUUCUCACGUAUCGCUCCAUCGCGAUAUCGCUGGUAUUAAACCUCUUCCGUUGGCGAGGCUCGCCCUUUAAGAUACGAGGAAUUCUCUUGUUUCCCCUCGGCUCGUACCACGCACGUGUCUCGCGCGUAAAAGAAAAAGGAAAAAAUCGAGAGGAUCCGAAAGAGGGCGAUCGAACACCCUGGUGGAUCUACAGUUUCCAGUUUUUGCCGCCGCGCAACUGUGUGCGUCCUCCAUGUACCACCCACGUGCGCCUGUUUUGAGUAUCAAAGUGUCACCCAUGGUCCUGCAAGCCGACCCGGCGAAAAGCAUCUAGUCACGCGUUUGCUACCAAAGUAAACGAACCUGCCGCCGAGUAUCGCGACCAAGGAAAUAGGUUUCGGCUGUCGUUCGCCGUAGAGAAAAUACAAGUCGAGGUGGAGAUACGUCGCUGCGCCUGGGACGCGUCUGGUUUAAUCGAAGACUGCUUACCGGGGCGAAGAAUACGCUUACGCCAUCCAAAGAACAGUUUAGUAUCUCGUCGGCGAUGAAUAACGUGAGUGCGUCAGCGGUGGAAUUAUGAAGAGAAAUCGGCAACGAUAGAAUUACCAAGCGGUAUCAUCGAGGAUGUCGUAGAGGGACGUUAUCGCUUAUUGGCUUGAGUGUGCGUGUGCGUGUGCGUGUGCGUGUGUUCGAUAGGAAGGAGACAACGGAUUCAGAGGUUAGGAUGCCGCAGUGCGCCGUGGCUACGUGCCGCAACAGUCAUCGUAGAACCCGCGGUCGUCGUAUCCGCUACCAUCGAUUCCCCCAGAUACCGGAAGUGCGCUCGCGAUGGGUGCGCGCGUGCGGUCGCGUGCCCCUCUCGAAUGGCGACAUACCGUUCAACAUAAAAACGGCGCGCAUAUGCUCCCUCCACUUCACCAACGAUUCCUACGAGAAGGAUAUGGAGCACCUUGUGCUCGGUCUUCCUGUGCGCAGUAGGCUGCGUCGUGGCGCCGUACCGACGAUCGGCGUGCCGGUGAACGUGCAGCCGGUCACCAAGAUGCUGGUCGAGGACGCGAAGCGCUCCCUCCUCAAGGUCACCCAUGCGAAAAUGCUAACCGGACAGAAAGUGACCGGCAACAACGGACUGGCCGACAGUAAGCAGCAGCACCAUCAGCCGGCCACGGAAAGGCGGCAGCAGCAGCAGCACCAACACCAACAACGUGCCAAGAGCGGCGGCAAUCAAGUGAACCAAGAGCAAAAGAUGGCGGGCAUGGACGUGCUGCUUGCCCUCGGUCUCAAACCCGCGCCACGUUUGAACAAGAUGCACGCGAUGGAAGGUGUCGCUGGAAACGGGAAGAAGGUGGACUCGGCUGAGAAAACGAGGGAGGACGAUUCGUCGAGGGCUUCGCCGAAGGUGCCACAGAGCCAGCAGAACGGGGCCGCCCUCCCAGAGGAAACCGCCGCAGCGCCCGCUACGGUGGAAUGUCUCCGGUCUGCUUCGAUAAAAAAGGAACCCCUCUGCGAUUCUGAGUCGGAGGCCACGACCAAGACCACCCUCUCCUCCGUGGAAACGCAGCAGAAGUCCGUGGCCUCGCGUUGCCCGAAAUCCGAAACGGAAGGCGGCGGCGGCGGCGGCAGGAAACGAAAGUCAACGGACGGGCAGUUGUCGUCGAACGGGAAUUCCGCCCCGAAGAAGUCCUGCCUGGAGCAGAGGGAACAAUAUAUAUCGUCUCUCGUUGGCUGUGAAAAAGUUACCGCGGAAGAGCUCGCUGCGAGGGCUGAGCAACUUCGAGCCGAAGUGCAGGCCUUAGACGAGUUAGCACGUGCCAAAGAAAUGGAAUGGAAUGAAAUCCUGAGCAUGAGAAAGCUCAAAGAGGAAGCGUACCUGAGGAUCGAAAGAAGGAGGCAAGUGAUGGGAUUCAUGGAAGGCAACGGCCAGCUGGCUGACACAUUACCGCCGGCUAGCUUGGCGCUCGGACCUGAAUGGGAGAGCAGCGGUAACACGACUCCCGUAUCCAAAGAAAAAUUAAACUUCGGUUCGAAGGAGGAUCUGCCCGAGGAGAGCUCUCGCGAUUCGCCAGCUUUUAAGAAAGAAAAGACCGGGAAACAAGCAUCGCAACGGCAAUCAACCCCUCCCAAACAGACAGGAGAAAAUGGUCGGAAGCAGGCUGAAGCGCUCAGUCCAGAAAACAGACAGAUCGGCGAGGGCCGGCAGGGUGCCAUCGUCGACGUUAGGUCUAUUAUCGCUGAUUACAGGCUGAGGCACCCUGAGACAGUUCCACGCAGGGGUCGCAGAAUGAGAAAUUCGGUGAAUGUCAGCCUUGGAGCAGGUGGAGCCAUGGUGGAAACUGGGCACAGCGUUGAUUCAAGGCCAUCUAGUACAGAUUCUUGUAAAAGCAAUCCGAACAUGUCGGAUCCUAAUAAUUCCAUGAGCUUCAAGGACGUGCUUGUGCAGUUCGCCAAACUCAGCCAGCAGCAAGGUGAGCCUGUGAAAACGCCUCAAAAUUACCCGGAUGUGACGCUUCAUCCCGUCGCACCGUCCCCGGCACCGCCAAAUACUCCACCUCAGCAGAGCUGUUCAUUGCUCCAUGGAAUUCUCACGAAAUCGCAAUCUCCAAGACCUACAACUUUUUCACCUACUUUAGCUAGAUUACUCACUGCACCUGAAAGAGAAAGGAAUGCACCAACAGCCGCGUCCAUGCCACAGCAAAGCGCGGCAACCCAGCACCUUUUGCAGGCAUAUCAAGGCUCUAAUCCGGUUUCUAUCAGCGACCUUCUAUCUUCUUCCAAGGCUCGAACUGAAAUAACAAUAACACCUGUUGUCAAUACUCCGGUCCAAUCUCACUCGAACAAUUUAAUUCAUGUCGAUGAUGUUGAAGAAGAAUCAGCAGUAAUCGAAGAUAGAGAAACGCGCAUUACUUCGGGUGGAAGGGAUGCUAGAGAAGACAGAGAUAGUCCUCCACGAUGUCAAGGGUGUCGUGAACGUGCUGCACAAUUUGUAUGUGCUGGCUGCGGAAAUCAGUGGUACUGCAGCCGCGAAUGCCAGGUUGCUGCAUGGGACGAACACUCCGAAGUUUGUUCUGGCUAAAAAGACGAAUGUGUAUCAAUUUAAACCUCGUACUCGUGUUAUUGGGUUAAAUACCUAUUCAACUGAGAAUGAAUCUAGUCAAAAAGGAACGGCCAAGAAAAUAACUUGUAUUGAGUACGAUAAGAUGAAUGGAAGAACGUUAAGAGAACAGUGUAUAUUUUUAAGAAUCUUCAAUAUGUUUGAUCUGUAAAUGAAUAAGUUUUAUUUCACGAAAGGAAAGAAUCGCAAAGUAAACAGCGCAAAACAUUAACUUCUGGACAGUUUAGACGAGAAAAGAUAUCGGAGUUCGAGUUGAAACGGUCGUUGCUUUACUGUAAUCGCCGCGUUGCUUUUAUUCGUUAUCAGUACCGAACGAUCGAGAGUCUUCAUUGAGACCAAUAGAGAGAGUAUUAACCCUGCUGAAAUUAAGCAUUUAACGUGUAUCUUCCAAAGGACAAAUUGUUCGAGGGAUUUCUAAUAUAAUUCAUGUUGGAUAUAAACAUUCGCAACAACUUCAUGUAUGAGAUACUUUUUUUUUUUAGAUUUUAACCAACGCAUAACGUACAAUGUACGCUAGUCGAGAAUUUUCAACUUUUUUCAAAAAAAAAAGAGAAGAAAAAAGAAAAGAAAAAACAGACCAGAAAUAGCUGGUGCAUACGCUUGUAACGAGAAACAAAGCACAAAGCUAUAUCUCGCGAUGCUGUAUAUAAUUUUGUACAUGUUAGCAGGGUUGUUCAGCGUCAGAUUUUCAAAAGUUGAUUAACCGUGUGCCAUGCGUAAAGUUCGUUUCAUGGUCAGCUUCAUACAUUGAAAAAAAUCUGUUAUAGAUGACUUGAGUGUUUUUAUAAUACUGUCACUUUGUUUCGUCUCUUUUUUUUUUCAUUUAAUAUCGAAUAUACUAUGAUAAAACGACAUCGCAUUUGAUGACCACUAUGCGAGAUACACACGGACAUUUCAGCCUUCAUGUAUUUUUGUCGUUCAUGCAAGAGAGAAACGUAUAAUGCGUACCUAAUACCAUAUUUUAUACCACAUUUGUUACCAACGUGUAAGUUUAGAAUUAAUGAGGCGUCAGCCUUAGCAUAGGUUUAAGCUACUUUGUUCUCUUCCUCUCUUUCACAACUUGUUCGUUGGUAACAUAUCAACACGUUCUAAGUUCACAUUUUUUUUUAAUUAGCAUGUUACCCAAACGACAAUUGUCCCAGACAUAAUCUGUAGCCCAAAGUUCCUACAGGUACACGCAACAUUAUAUAUAUUUUUCCCAAUUACGAAGCAAACCAAAAUAAAAUAAAGUUUUUAAUCGUA